AUGGAGCCCACAAGCCGCAACGCUCGUUUUGACGAGAUUUUUGAUCAGUUAUUUCAUCACUCCCUCAACACCGAAGAGUUCAUGAAAGUUUUUCACGAGUUACUCCCAGAUCCAGAGGAGCGCCGCGCAUACAGCCAAUACUGCUUCAUACAGAGUCAGCCGCAUUUGGCCAAUCCUGCUGGUAUUUUAACGCCGGAUCGAUUCAUUGAAAUCGCAGAUAGAAUCAACUUCCUCAAUUCGACGGAACGCAAAGAGCUACUGCCCGGACUCACAUGGGAUUAUCGGCCGUGGAUUCCCCUUGGCUACGAGGAUACAACAUUCUACCGCCUGCUUCCAUCCAUCCACAACUUGUCGCCGCAGAACCCGGAGUGGCCCAAGACAGACUAUGAAGUUUUGGACACUGCAUUUCUUGGCGUGAACACUACAGUGCAGCCCCGUGAGCCAUCUCAGCCACUUAGCCGCCGCGCACUCAAUCUAUCAGAGCAGUCGACCCAGUCAGCAGAGUCAGAUGACGCAGAUGCCCCGGGAUUUGUUUUCCACGAGCUCGGCGAGCUGCAGUGUUUGGAAUGUGACACCUUUUCUGAGAUGCCGACAACGUAUGAGGAGGGCAAGAACUGCAGAGGAAACUGGCGACCGACUGGCUUCCAUGUUGUGGCUCGGCUUGGCGAUUUCGGCCAUAUGAACGGAGUUUAUGUCAUCUUCAACAUGCAACCAGACGACGAAGUCACUGGCCUGCCGAGACAAAUCACAGACAGCGAAUGGGGUAUCCCGCCCAGCUCCCCCGAAGCGCAAUUCUCAUGCGCAAAGAUUGGCAGAGCUUUACGAGAUUUCGGGUUCGGGAAGAGGCUGGCAUGGAAUGAGCAGAUUCAGCAUCCAGUCGAAUUAGUGUGGGCGGUGAGAUCAUCAACGGGGAGUGCGAUGCGCGUAACGGUGGACAGUAACUACAAGACGCGCUCGUAG